AGUUCAGUUGGGCAUCCUUUUCAAACUGUAAAUGACACUGAUUGAUUUGUUACGGAAGAUGCAGCUAACAAAAUAAUGAAUUGUGUGUCGGAAUGGCACCUUUUAGAAAUAUUUUACUGAAUAUUUUAGUUUGUUUCGCAGUAUUUACAUAUUGUAGUUCACACGAAUGCUACAAUGAAACAUGCAGGACAGAAUACGUUCCCCAUGGACCAUUGGUGCAUUGUAAAUUUUUACCUUUGGAGUUUCUUAACUGUUCAGAGCCUUUAAAUUUAAAUGGUAAUGAGACUAGAAAGAAAGAACUUGGCCAUGGAUGUUUGAAGUACGGAGGACAGAAACAUGAAGAAAUAGAAUUCACUGGAGCAGUGUGUUCAGUGCUUCAAGGAGUGGAGUGUUAUGGGAACAAGACCUUCAUAAAGGACGGGUUUCCUUGCAUCAAAUACAAUGGCCACUAUUUUGUGACAACCCUCAUCUACUCAGUGUUACUGGGGUUCCUUGGGAUGGACCGUUUCUGUCUGGGACACACAGGCACUGCUGUGGGGAAGCUACUGACCCUGGGCGGGGUGGGAAUCUGGUGGAUUGUGGACAUUGUUCUCCUAGUGAAUGGGAUGUUGACACCAGAUGAUGGCAGCAAUUGGGUGCCAUAUUACUGAAGCAGAGAUCUCAGAAAACUAUUUUUGAAACACCUGUUUGUUUUAAUAUGUUGAAAGCAUGCUUUAAUUUUUUUCUACAAUUUUUUUUAAAAACAACAAAUAUUCAGAUGGCCAUUAUGAUACAAUUGUAUGUGAUUAAUGUGGGGAGAAAGAUGUGGAAUUGACCACGAAAUGAAAAUGAUCAUGUUGGCCCCAUCAUCAGCUAAAGACUGAAAGGGGUUUGUAAAUGUAAAUCAAAUUGUUCUACAACAUGUACUGUUCUAUACUGAUACAAUUUUCACACAUAACUAAUGAUUAUUUUAAUCUCUUAUCAAAUUAUAUUUGAUAAAGAUUGACCCAAAUGUAUUUUUUUAAAAAUAAAUUUAUAAUAUAGUAAAACAUGCUUAUAGCAGAGUGCCAGAGAUGACCAGUUUUGAUUUAUUUUAGGUGUAUUUCACUAUAACUGUUCAGUUUAUGAUGUUUAAGACUAAGGGGAAUAAAACUGACUGCUCUAUGCCUGUCAUU